AUGAUAGGAAGAGAGAUUCUUAACAAGAUGAAGGAAAAAGCAUGUUUUUCCACUCCAGUCACCCCCGAAGCAGGAAAAGGGAAAAGUAAAUUCUCGAAGCACAUUACUCAUGGCUUCUAUCUUGAGAAAGGAAAAUCAAAUCAUUCUAUGGAAGAUUGUUUAGUCUCCGAUUUCAAGAAAUUGGACGAAAAUGAGUUGGGUUUAUUUGCUAUCUUUGAUGGGCAUAUGGGACGUGAUGUUGCAAAAUACUUGCAAGGGCACCUUUUCGACAAUAUUCUGAAGCAGCAUGACUUUUGGACCAACACAGAGAUGGCGCUAAGGCGAGCUUAUAAGACAACAGAUAACGAAAUAUUAGAGCAGUCGUUUCAGUUGGGGAAAGGAGGGUCGACUGCAGUUACUGCAAUAUUGAUGGAUGGGCACAAGUUGGUAGUUGCAAAUGUGGGGGACUCUCGGGCCGUCUUAAGUAAUAAGGGUGUUGCGUAUCAAAUAUCAGUUGACCAUGAACCAAGCAAGGAAAAGUCGAUAAUUGAGAAAAAGGGUGGCUUUGUAUCAAAUAUUCCAGGUGAUGUUCCUCGAGUUGAUGGUCAGCUCGCAGUGGCCAGGGCAUUUGGUGACAAGAGCUUGAAGAGACAUCUUAGUUCAGAACCAGAUAUUGCAAUCCAGAUAGUAGAUGACGACGUAGAGUUUGUCAUUUUAGCUAGCGAUGGAUUAUGGAAGGUGAUGUCGAAUCAAGAAGCUGUUGAAUCCAUCAGAAACAUUAGGAGCGCUCGAUCGGCUGCAAAGCACUUGGUCGAGGAGGCUGUUUCUAGGAAAAGUAAGGAUGAUAUCUCGUGCAUUGUUGUCAGUGUAACAUUCGUGAUGCUUCGUCUAGCAGCACAACAAUUUGUAUUGUUCCUCGCAAUCCUGUUUUCACGAUUUUCAAAUGGGAUUGCUGUCCUGGAAUCCAUUUCUACCCUUAUUUGUGCUGAGUUGCAACCUCACUCUCACCAGCUUUAUUCCAACAAGAAAAGUAUUGAUAUUCCGCCAAGGAAACUCCUCGGCCGCUGCCCUGCAGCAGCAGCGGUGGAGUUUUUAUGGAUUCCCCGAAAGCUGAGGGGCCAAUUUUCUGGAGAUUCUUGCCGUAUAAUGAUGGUGAGGAGGAUGGUCCUUACUCAGCCAACCAUUUCUGAAUGUUUGAAUUUAAGACUCCGGAGUUUUACUCAAGCAGUAGAACUCAUUUUACAAGUUCUUGCUCGUCCAAAUGCUAACAUUCUACUCCCAGGACCAGGCUUCCCCUAUUAUGAAUCUAUGGCUGGAUUUUGUCAUCUCGAAGUCCGACAUUUUGAUCUUAUUUCAGAAAAAGGUUGGAAAGUUGAUCUUGAUGCUGUUGAAGCUCUUGCGGAUGAAAAUACUGCUGCUAUGGUCAUUAUCAAUCCAGGCAAUCCCUGUGGGAAUGUUUUUCCAUAUGAACACUUGAAGAAGGUUGCCGAGUGCAAAAAAGCGUGGGAUCUUAGUAAUUUCAGGAGACUAGAUUGGCUUGUUACUAAUGAUCCAAAUGGCAUCCUUAAGAACCAUGGGUGGGCGAUUUCUGAAAUCCUGAAAAAUACGACAAACGAGUUCUUUUCAAAAAUUGUUAAUAUACUUCGGGAAGCUGCAGACUUGUGCUCUGAUCAGAUAAAGGAUAUCCAUUGCAUUACUUGCCCAAGCAAGCCCGAAGGAUCCAUGUUUGUAUUGGUAAAGCUUAAUCUGCCCCCCCUUGGAGGCAUUGAGAAUGAUGUCGACUACAGUUCCAAAAUCCUAGCUAGCAAUUCAGUGUUGGAUCCUUUUCUACUGCAUCCAAAGCUGAUGAAUAUUCUCGCCUGUUUGAAUCCAUACGAAGAUACUUGA